GUGUGGAACUGUCUGUCGCCUUAUAUUAAAGAGAUGACUUAACAUUUGGCAACCUGAUUUUGUCAGAGUGGGUCCCGUUGAUCGAGCCAGUCGGGAAAUUCUAUUUGCGCGAGAGAAACCCGUCUGAAAUCGGCCUACGAAGAUUUGGGAAACCGGUUUUUCACAAUGUCUAAGGAUCUAAUGUUCUCGUUUUGGGUGUUUUAUGGCUUGUUUUGUCAAGUUGUCUGUAUUGUUCCUGCUCCAACAAACAUCAGUGUUGUUUGUCAGAACUUUGUGAACGUCCUUUACUGGAACUACAGUAAACCAACUGAACAGGUGGAAUUUCUCGUAACGGUCAAACCUUAUUUAGGGACACCUCAAACAUUUAGCACUGAUCAGACGUACCUUGACAUCAGCGAAUACAGCAGCGAUGUUACUGAUGAUUACUUUGUGACUGUGCGAGCACAUGAUGGACAAGAAGAAUCGAAUACAGUCGCCAAUAAAUUCACCUACAGCAAAGACUAUGUUGAUGACAACACGCAUAAAUGUUCUGUGGAUUUUCCAGCUAUUAACACAUCAGUCCACAAAGAUGUGAUCAGCGUGUUCUUUUUGCACCCUUAUAACAUAUAUGAGCAGAGCAGUCUGUUGGAAGAUUUUACAUACAGAAUAACUCACAAUCAGCACGUGAGAAAUCCUACUUGUUAUGAAGAAGAAGAACAGUGCACUGCAGAAAUCCACCUUGAGCAAAACUUGACUGGAAAAUGUGUUGAGUUAAAGUUUGAAGGGACGGUUGGUGUGCUGUUUACAACUACCUACAAAAAUGUUUGUGUCGGUAAUGACGGGCCUGUUGAUAAUCUGAGCUAUUUCGCGGCUAUAGUAGGUGGAGGGGUUGUAAUUCUUUUUAUCUUUGUGGGAUUUACGUGGCUGCUCUGGAAGAAAUGGUCCAAAAUCCCUAAAAUUCCUGAAGUUCUGUUCAGCUUUAUGUGUUCACAAAGAUCCACCACCGCCAUUCACCCGCCGGUGACAACCACUGUGUCUGAAGCAUCACCCAUGGGUCACGUCCCUCUACUAGAGCAACAAGAGUUUGAUGCUUUCGAUAGCCCCACCAUUUCACCACUUGAGAAAGAUACAACCAUUAUCCCUACGGACACAGAAGUUGUGAUGGUUCCCGAGACAUCUUCUGCAUCUGAAGAGGAUGUGAAUUUUGAAGAAUCCGAGGACUACGGCAAGUCUUCUGACUAUGACCGUCCCAAAUUCUUGCAGGAGAUGAGCCCAGGGGACUUCACUACAGGAUAUGGUCCACGACCACCUGUGCUUCAAGUUUGAUAAUGUGCGUUUGAAUGAAUGAGACUUGAAAGCGCUGGGGGAUAAAUGACUGGUCCAAAAAUGAUUUCACACAGCUUAAUACAAAACAUGCUUCAUGGUUAAGUGGUUUAUCAGAAAAUGAUAGUCACAGAACACACUUCUUCCACAGGUUUAACACUCAAACAUAUGCACGAGGGCUACAGAAUGUGACGUAAUAAAUAGCGUCCAUUAAACUUAACAAAGCUGUGUACAAUGCAGGGAAGAAUGGCAGAGGAGAUUCUCUUUUGGAAGAUGCUAAAUGCUUACUUAUUUGACCAAAAACUGAUGGUAAAAGUUACGUUUUUGUUAAACUUUUGCCACAGUCAUCAGUUGAUCAAUAAGAAUAUCAGCAAGUGCAGUUUUGCUUUUAGAAUUACAUUUCGCUGUACUGUAUAUGUGCCUGAUUUCAAACUAACCCAAGUUAUUCCUCAUCCUUAAAACACAUUAUGCAUUCCUAUUGGUCAAACACACUCUGGGCUCUAUUGCUGCAGAGGAACUCAACUAACGGCUUAUCUGCAUGCAUGCUUAUCUGCCAUGACAAGAAAUGGCUUAUACACAUACAGUAUGGCUAUCCAAAACAAAAAUGUUAUUGAAAACAUUAUUAUUAUAGUACUUGAUAUAUUAUGAAAGAUUCUAGCAUUACUUUGAGCCUAAUGGAAUAUCCACUUCAAUGUAUUGUGGAUUAAGCCUUGUCCAUCAGAUACGUUCGCAGAAGUCAGAAUCAAAUAACUAAUAAUGCUGCAUUUUAAUUUUUUCAGCAUGGAGUAUUUGUUUGUAUCUAUCUUACAACGUAGUCACAAACUGCUUAAGAGUUGUUACAUUGCCAAGCUACUGUUUACAGCAUUUCCCACUAGAUUAGUGAACUAGUUAUACAGUAUCUUACUUAUUUUAUCUUGCUUUUUUUCUGCUGUUAUAUUGACACAUUAAUGUAAAAGGAGAAUCCCUCGGAGUUAGAAACCUUGAACCUGGAAAGUAAUUGUUUAUGUGAGAAUGUGCAAAAUGUGUUUACUAGCAUAAAUAGUAAAUGGUCAACUGUGGUGCUAAAGCCCUCAAACAGCGCCAAUGUUUUCAUUUAGCUCAUCUUGUCCGUAUUCAUCCGUUGGUUUUAAUACAUAUUUCCCUGCUCUACUAAUUGGUCCAUUAUUACAAUAGACAUUAAUCCUUAUAUACCCAUUACCUACAAAGAUACAUGAAAUAAACGGGUUCAAGAAAACAACGUUUAGAAUCGAGAAACGAUAAAACCCAAACCCAGAAAGUUUUUAAAGGCAAAAUGGAACAUAAAUCCAUUUGUGGAGUGUUGCACAUCAUUGGUUAUUUUACUUUGAAUGCCUCUUUGUGAGAAUUUACAUUUUUUGUAUGUUUUGUUUUAUGUAUAUUAGAAAACUUGAUGCACUUUUUCUUCAACCCUUUAUAAAUCCAAAAACAUGUAGCAAAUUUGGCUCUUAAUAGAGAUAUAUGUUGCUAAUCACAUUUGUGAAUGUAUUCAAAUUGACAGCCUUUUAAGAGACUGUGAGAAGAUUAGGGUGCGCCCAGUUGACUGUUGUGACCCUUUGUACUUUUGUGUUUGGCCCCAAAAAUGACACUCUUGUCCCAUAGUAACCAUUAAUGCCUUGUACAUUUUUGCACUUGGCAGACAUUUUUCCCAAUGUAACUUUCUUUCAGAUACACAUUUUCUAUUAUCCGAACUCAUAAACAUUUCAAGUGCCAUGCCUUGUUCUUGAAUUUUUCUAUUAUGUAAGCAUUUCAUGUCUUUUUUUAAUGUUUUCGUGGAUGUUUAACUCCAUGCAUGUAAAUUGCAACAAAUCAUUAAAUAAUCAUGGCUUCCACAUUACAUUCAGAAAUAAAACGUUCCUGCUCACUAAA